GACUGCAGACACAGUACAGGGGAUGACCAGAGACUGUGGACACAGUACAGGGUAUGCCCAGAGACUGCGGACAUAGUACAGGAGAUGGCCAGAGACUGCGGACACAGUACAGGAGAUGACCAGAGACUGCGGACAUAGUACUGGGAAUGACCAGAGACUGCAGACAUAGUACAGGAGAUGACCAGAGACUGUGGACAUAGUACAGGGAAUGACCAGAGACUGCAGACAUAGUACAGGAGAUUACCAGAGACUGCGGACAGGAGAUGACCAGAGACUGCGGACACAGUACAGG